CCUCCAAUUACUAACGAUACUCCUCAAACCGCUAUUAAAAUACUACUACCUUGGAAAUAUAGUAAAGAGAGACUUGCAAAACAUCCAUAUUGUGCCUAUAUAGUUCGAAUAAAAAAGGUUAUUUGUCAUUGUGGUAAAGUUAUCAAACCUGGUCAUCGCUAUGAUGAAACUUUCUUAAAUAUUCAUGUUAAUAGUAAAGGAUGUUUAGCUAAGCAAGAAGUUCAAUUAAUUCUAAAUUAUUUUAAACUGAUCUCUAAAUCAAAAAAAAUUAAAAGUGAUAAUUGUGUUAGCAGUGCUGAAGAGUGGGAAAGUGAUGAUGAUGAAAAUAUGGGUAAUAAUGAUUUGUUUAAAAUUGAUGAAAUAAGUAAUGUAAAAAAUGAUUGUGAGAGUGAAGUUUUAAGUGCCGAUAAUAUGAUAAUUCCAUUAAACAAUAAAUGGAAGCCUUGCUCUGGUCUUAGAUCUAGUAUUAUCCAUGAAUAUAUUAGUCGUACUCCUGCUCAGUUUGGUGAAACUAGAAGAAUUGAAGUUAUUGCAAAAGAGAUUUUUCCAAAUCUUUUUUUAAAAGAAUUUUCACGUAAGAAGUUGGAUUGUUCACAGAAAUCUCGGUUCAAACAAUUUUUGGACUCUAUUGAAUAUGAUAACCCAAUUGCAGCUAUAACUGAUAAUAUCAAACUGAAACUAUGUCUUAGAUAUUCUUCACGAAUAGGAUGCAUUAUUGGUUUUACAUUUUCAAAUCAUGAGACAAAUAUUAAAAUAUAUGAUGAUAUUUCGGUUACAAUUAAUAAAAUUAAAGAGAAUAAUACUAUUGCUAAAUAUGUAAGAGUAUAUAUAUUACAAGUUCCAUUAUCAAAAUUUCUUUCUGUUAUUAUUGCUCUUCUUUCUAAUCUUGGAUCUGAUAAAACAGAAACAAUAUUAGAUAUAUAUAAAUUACUUUUAGAUUUUGCACAAGAACUUAAGCUACAUAUCAUUUCAAUUGGUUCUGAUGGUGUACAAGUUGAAUUUAAUGUGCAAACUUAA